CUCUCUCUCUAAGAAAGUCAGCGCCGCUCCUUCCUCCCCUUCUGCCUUCCAGACCUCUUCUUUCUUCUCCUCUUCGACGCCACCGCUUCCGUCCUUCAAAUGGUUAUAUAGCUCGACUCCGAGCUCAGAUCUCGAGCCAAGCGCCAGUUUGAAGGCACCGCUUUUGUUUGUUUGGUUUGGUGUGUUCUCUGCGGAGGCGAUGGACGACGACAACUGGGAUCUCCAUGCGGUGGUGCGGAGCUGCAGGUUUAUGGGGUCGGCGUCGACAAUGGACCCUUUCUCUUCUUUCCCUCCGCCCUCAGACCUCCUGGCGGAGGAGACGGGGCUGAUGGACGGAGGAGAGGGUGGCGGCGGUAGCGGCGGCCUCCCUUUGUGCUUCCCGGAUAUGUUCGAGUCCCGGAGCGUGCUCCAGGAGCUGGAGGAGCUCUGCAAACCUUUCUUGCCCAAAGCCCAGCAGCAACCGCAGCGAAGCGGCCCUUCCUCGCCGCCGUCCUCUGCCGUGCUCUCCGUCACCGGCGCCGCUUCCCUGGUCCCCGCCGUGGGGGCCACCCAGCAGCAGCAAAGCAGGCAGCCCCACCGCCCCCCAUCCCAGAUCUCCCGCUCCAAAAGAAGAAAGAACCAGCAGAAGAGGGUGGUGUGUCAGGUCCCCGCCGACGGCCUCUCCUCCGAUAUGUGGGCCUGGCGGAAAUACGGCCAGAAACCCAUAAAGGGCUCGCCUUACCCCCGGGGAUACUACAGGUGUAGCAGUUCCAAGGGAUGCUUGGCCCGGAAGCAGGUGGAACGAAGCCGGACGGACCCGGCCAUGUUCGUCAUCACCUACACCGCCGAGCACAACCACCCGCUUCCCACCCACCGCAACUCCCUCGCCGGCAGCACCCGCCAAAAGUUCCCCCCUCCUCCCUCCUCCUCCACAACCCCGCCACCGGCCGCCGGCGAUGGCGAGCACCUCCCUCCCGUCAAUCCAUCCUCAAGUCCACCGUCGUCCUCCACAGCCGCUGGCCUCUCCCCCACCACCCCGCUCACGGCCUCCAAGAGGGAGGACGGCGGCGACGUAGACGACGAGGAGGAAGAAGAGGUAGAGGGAAUGCUACUGGUAGAAGACAUGGAAGUGAUGGGCGAGGACGGCUUGCUCUUCAUGGGCUUAGAUGAGCCUUCCAGUGCUCCGAUCGCCUCGGCCGCCGCAUCCACCGCGGCCACGGACGCCGUCGCCCCCACCUUCUUCGACGAUGACGGCGUCUUCGGGGAGCACUUCUUCCCUCCGCCAUGGCUGUCCAACAGCAACAACAACGCGGCGGCGGCCGCCGGCGGUAGCUGACAACAUCUCUCUGCUCCUCCUGCCAUCAGACAGCAGAGAGAGAGAGAGUGCGGAAGAGAGCAUCUGAUCCGUCCGUUUAUAUUUAUCAAAUCCCCCACCCAUCCCUCGCUUUUUUUAGUUUAAUUAAACUAUACACAGAUAAAAGAAAAUAGUCCAAAAUUCCAUGAUUUCAUGCUCGCUCGCGUUCUCUCUCUCUGAGGUCUCGAAAUGGCAAAGCUUGUAAUUUUGUUAACUUUUUUUUUCCUUCUGUUUAAUUGUUCCUGUGUAACAUUACUUUUGUGAUGAUUCGGUUGCUUUUUUUUCUUGUCUUA